AUGUUCAUCAUUAACAUCAAUUACUAUCCAUCAUCAAUUAGUGAAUUAGGACGUGGUAAGUUUUGUUUUGAUGAAUGUGAAUCAUUAACAUCAAUUAAUAUACCAUCAUCAAUUAGUAAAUUAGGAAAAUGUUGUUUUAGAAGAUGUCCAUCAUUAAAAUCAAUUAAUAUACCAACAUCAAUUACGUCAAUAGGAAUUGAAUGUUUUAAAGAAUGCUAUUCAUUAACAUCAAUUAAUAUACCAUCUUCAAUUACUUCAUUUGAAUAUGGAUGUUUUUAUGAAUGUGGAUGUGAAGAGGAAUUAAUGAAAAAUAAAAGAAUACCAAAAUAUUGUUUUGAAUAUUGA